AUGGGUUCUAAUAAUAAUAACAGACUGACAGGAUCAAGCCUUCAUAGGAGAGAGAGUGAGCGUACUCAAUUGUUUGGAUUUAAUGAGCCACCAACCUCUGCAUACGAGAAUAAACCGUCAUUCACCUACUCUCGGGAUACUGUGACAAGACUUGAGUCACAAUUAGAAGAAUCUAAUAGUAAUGCAAUGUCUGCCAUGGCUGAUAGAUUGCGAGGUUUAAAGCAAUUAUCUAUGGAUUUAGGUAAUGAAAUUAGAUCAAGCAAUGGCGCAUUAGAUAAUUUAGGAGAAACCUUUGAAAGCACCUCAUCCAAGCUGAAAAAUACCUUUAGUGAUAUGAUGGAUAUGGCAAAAAGAUCAAGAACACCUUUGAAGUUUUGGCUUAUAUUCUUUCUGAUAAUUAUAUUAUGUUUUUUCUGGGUUUGGAUAACAUAA